AUGCUUAUGUUAGCUUUGGCCGACACCCCCUUCUCCAAGUGCGACCGUAGCAAUCAACCAAACAAUUGUCGCACAAACUUUAUUCGCGGCGUUUGGGAGUUCUCAGAGUCCGCCCGAACCGCCGAAAGGACAGAGGUUUGCGACCCGAAGGUCGGCUUCAAAGUGGCCAACAAAUUCAAAGUCACUCUCCUUUAUCCCAAUAUCGCCACCGAUGAGUUUGGACACAAUGGCACGUGGACACUGGUCUACAACCAGGGCUUUGAGGUUAUCAUCCAUAACCGAAAGUACUACUCCUUCUCGGACUACACCCAAAAGGGAAACGUUGUGACCUCGAUAUGCAACCGAACCACACGCCAGGGACCGGGCGGUUGGUCUCACGACGCGCUCGGCCACAACUGGGCCUGUUAUUCGGGCCAACGGCUGACCGGUCCGCACGCCGUCAAGACGCACACCAUCGAUGACGUGGAGGCGUUCAGCGCCGGUGUCUUCACACAAAACCCCGAUGUCGUCGACAAGAUUAACGCCGUUCAGAGCUCGUGGACCGCCAAACACUACCCACAGUUCGAGGGAAAGUCACUGAAAUACAUGCAUCACAUGCACGGCGGACCCAACUCUAGGAUCUUUAAUUACCCAUCGCCAGCACCCGUCACACCUGAAGUGCAGGCACAGGCCGACGCACUUCCCGAGAGUUUUGACUGGCGAAAUGUCAGCGGGGUCAGUUACGUGACAUCCGUUAAGGAUCAAGGUGGUUGUGGCAGUUGUUACGCUUUCGGUUCAUUGGGUAUGAUUGAAGGCCGACUCAAACUGUUGUCCAACAACACCGAGUCUAUCGACCUGUCCGAACAGGAUGUGGUCAGUUGUUCGCUGUACAAUCAGGGCUGUGCCGGUGGUUUCCCUUAUUUAACCGCGGGUAAAUACGCGCAGGACUAUGGCGUCACUCUGGAGGCCAACAACCCGUACAAGGGAUCAGACAGCAAGUGCACGACCAAAGCGGGAGCCGAGCGUAUAUACACGGCUUCGUAUAAAUACGUGGGCGGCUAUUAUGGCGGCUGUAAUGAAGAGCUGAUGCGGAUCUCGUUGGUCAACGACGGACCGCUGGCCAUAUCGUUCAGAUACGGUAUGUUUGACGACUUUGUGUCGUACGGCUCCGGUAUAUACACACCGACUGAAGUGAAACACGACAACGGAAAGUACAACCCGUUUGUUGAGGUGAACCACUCGGUGCUGAUCGUCGGUUACGGCAAAGACGCUAAGACUGGUAAGAAAUACUGGAUCGUGAAAAACAGUUGGGGCGCCUCCUGGGGUGACCAUGGUUACUUCCAGAUUGAACGUGGCGUCAACUCCAAGGGUGUUGAGAGUAUUGCCGUCGAGGCCAUUCCCAUCCCUUAUUAGAUGUUUGAUUAUGGUUUUAAUACUGUAUAAUGUGUUGAAUGUUGUCCAUAAAGUUGUAAUAAACUAUAAAAUGCUGACAAUUACUGUAAUAAAUGUUCAAUAAAUAUAAAUUCAAUUUAUAAUCAUAGCAUAAGACA